UACUGUUCCCACAGCUCUGAAGCACCAGCUCUCAGAAGGUGUUGACGCUGGAAGUGGAGCAUGAAUGCGGCUCGGAUUGUAUUUACCAUUGUUAGUUUUGUUUCAGCCCAGGGGACAAGGCUGAACGAUGUGAUUUUAGGACUGCAGAAAGCAACUGUUUUCUUCGAAAAUGAGUAUGACCGUUUCACGUUGGACGGGGUGAUAGGAUUCCAGAUGUUACAAGCUCACCUUGAAGACACGUUAAAGGGAUGGUCACUGUCAGGACCUGAAGCGGCCUCACAGUUCAAGAAGGUGCAUGAUCUCGUAAGAAGACUAGACUUCACAGCAGCAAAAGCAAUCGAAGCAGUUAAAGUGACUGACCCUGUGUAUUUUAAUGGAUUUCAAACAGUGCUGCAAGUUGAUUUUUGGAGUUUUAAUCCCCAGUGGAUAAAAACAGACAUCAAACUGGUUUAUCCUGAAGUGAGAGAGACAGAGUGUUUUGGAGAGAAUAUCAGUGACCGAUGUAUAACGCAACUCCUGGGUACUUGGGAGAAUAAUGGAACCUCUUGCCUGGAAUCCGAUUUGUGUAAGCGAAUGAUGACGACUUUAAAUUGUCAAGGUUACUCUCUAUCGCACCAACUGCUGUAUUUCAUUAUUGUGGAGCGCAAAAAAUGCUCAAAUGUAGUAGGAGCACAACACAUGGAUUCUCAAGCUUCCCUCAUUGUUCAGGGCUAUGAGAAAAUUUUCUGCUCCAAUAUGCUGCAAAGAAACCUGCAAAUUGAAGAGAAUGAUUAUCCAUUGGCAGAACAAGAUUUAUUUCUGGAGUAUGUGAUGCUUUGUGGGCAGGCUGGAUUUUCGGAGUUUUUCCAGGCCCAGUGGCUUGACCACAUCCUGGCAUGGCAACAACCAGGUGGCUGCUUUGGGGAAUCUGGGCAAAAAUACACAAAACACAAGCGAGUGAAGAGAAGAUCAAACAAUUUGGAAGGUGGCUGUUUGGAUCACACGACCAGUGUUGCUGUUGGAGCCCUGGGUGGUUACCUUCGUUUCUAUGGAACAAGCAGACCUUGAACACCAGCAAUUUAGCAACAAGGCUUUAUCGCAUCAUUUAUAGCACAUUACAACUAGUUUUGUUUAUCAAUCUAAGAAUGAGUGUAGUUACCCAUACAAAUAUGUUUAUUGUCAUCUACCUAGGCUCAAAACAUAAUGAGAUACAAGCUAGCACGUUAGAAUUCUAGAAAGAUACCCGUUCAAAUUAUAGAUAGUUAGUUGGUAGUGUAGGACUUGCGAAUAAAAAGACAUUGUCUCCAAGCUCUUCAUCUUGCACUGAUCAGGAUAACUUGCAAGAAAUACUAAUUAUCCAUUUUUUAAAGAAUCAACCUCUGCUCAUGAAUCAGGAGUUUCUGAUCUUUUCUGGAAUAUACAAUAGUUCCAGAAAAGAUUAAAAACAGCAACAAGGGGUGAUGUGGACAGGCACUCUAUUUUUGUUUAUGAUGGUAUUUACCCCAAUGAAAGGCAAUUCACCUUUCCAUUAGAAAUGCAGUGGUGUAAGUGAUAUGUUGGCUGGAUGGAAGUUAAAAACAAACAGCAUCAUCUCUAUACUUUACAGUAAAGGAAUGAAAUACAAUGUUAACUUAUAGUAAAAUGUUAUAAAGUAAAAGUGCAGGAAAAGUUCCACCCUACAGAUUGUUCCAAAAUAUGUAUAAUCCAAGGGAAUGUUUCCAGUUCACUAGGCUUAACUGUCACAAUAGUUUUCUCUAUGGUGGGGGAUUUCAAGUCUAGGGGACAUAUUUUUAAGAUGAAUGGAGAAAGAUUUAAGAACUGAGGGACAACUUUUUUUUUUACACAAAAUGGUCUGUGUGUGGAGUUAAAUCCAGAGGAAGUGGUUGAUGCACAUACAGUUACAUUUAAAAGACACUUGGAUAAGAACAUGAAAAGGAAAGAUUUGGAGAGAUAAUAGGACAAGCACAGGCAGGUGGAACUAGUUUAGUUUGGUAUUAUGGUUGGCAUGGACUGGUUGGACCGAGGGGUCUGCUUCUGUGCUGAUGCCUCUGAGAAACCACUGUUCCAUUUACAAAAUACUGCUGGUAGUUAACACCUUUGCUUGUAGAAAAUGUAUUACUUUUCAAUGUUUUUCCUGUCUUCUACCUAGCUGCUUCUUACUGAGUUUUAUAAAGAAUGCCAGCAAUUCGCUGUAGUUGAAGAGGAUCCUCAGGUGGGCCCAGUGCACCCCGGAAUGAAAACCAACAAUUCCCACUGGUCAAUUUCAUUAGUCCUAGUGCACUCCUCAAUUCUGCUCUAUUUACAGAAUUCAUAUUGACUGCAGUAGAACUACAUAACUCUGCAGAACAUUAAAUGAUGUAUCAUAAACUGCUGUUUUUCUUAUUGUCCACUUUAUUCAAUAAAUAUAAAGUGAAGUA